CAGAAUUAGCUUAGAAAAACUGAGAUUCACUAUUGAAGAAAAAUGGAAAGACGAGGAAUAUCAGGAAAUUGCUUAUAAUUGAAUUUUGCGUCAAUUUAUGAAAUGCUUAUCAUUGAACUUUGGAUCAUUUAUGGAGAUAAAGAAAAGAGGGAAACUCGCAGGGACGAAAAAAUUCAAAAAAAGGAGCCAAAGAGGCAAGGACGUGAGAAACGUGGAUUUUUUUCUGGAGGAUUCAUCACGGCUGAUAAUAUACGCAAAGAGGUAAUAAAUCGAGAGAAGAAAUUAGAGAAGGACUGGCCGGAAAGAUACAAGUACCUCACGGGCGAGUACUUUAAACAGGUGCUUGCCGAGGAAUGCAGAAAAGCAGGACUGCCGAUGGAUUCUUUCCAGCGAAAAAACUCGGAGGACCCUCUGAAGAAAUCUCCGAUUCCUCUGAAAUCCUCGCCUCCGAUUCCCAAAACGAGUUCAGCAAUCAUCGGCUGGAGGUCGUCGCUUUCCGAAAACAAUUUGGAAUUUCUCGGCCCCUUUUACGUAUCACCGAAAACGACAAUCGAGCCGCCUCUCGAACCUGGUGAAUUUCGAGUCCAAAAACAGUGGUUCAUCUUCCUGGGAUGAACUCAAACUGCUGCAAUCAAUACCAAAUUAUCAUUCAAGAGAUUUUCAGAAAUAUUUUCCCCGUUUUUUUGCCAUUUUUAAAACUAAAUUCAACUGCAAUAUUGUCAUCUUUCACGAAAAUGGGAGAAUAACGGGGAAAUAAAUUAAUUUUUAUCAAAUGUAUGUACGU